AUGUCAGUUAAAAGUUUGACCAGUAGUAUAUAUCCAGCAGCUUACUUCGAUUUUGUAGAGCAUGAAUUAAAUGAGCUGGGUAUAAGUUAUUUUAUUGAUGAGGAAGGUAUCUAUCAUAAAUUUCUAUCAACAGACCCAAAUAAUAGUAGCAUAAGAAAAGAUGCAGAAACCAAUAACUCUGAAUCUUGGGAAGCACAACAAUCGGAAAAGGAAAGUAAACAAGUAUCAUUAAUACCAGUCAGCAUUUUACUAAUUGAAUUUGCUAUAGUAACGUUCCUCACAGGUGCUCUCUUGGGAGCUAAAACUACACCAUUAAAGUCAUCUCCAUAUGAAGUCUUAGACUCGAUAUUAUACACAGGAUUAGGUAUUAUGGGGGUAAAUGUUAUAAUUUUGCUAUGCUGCUGUCCAUACUAUCUUCACCCAAAACGUAAAUUAAAGAAAACCCCAGUUAUGUUUCUUCAUGAAAAAGAAAAUUGCAAAUACUGUAACGAUUCCAAUCCAUGGGGGUUAGCAAAGUCAUGCCUAAUAUUUGGCACUUCAUCUGUUAUUGUUGUCUUAAUUUUGAUAUCUUUCUACUUCGUUAAUGAAUCAAUAGGAAAGCAUAAAGGAUCAAAAUGGGAAGAAUAUAUCAAUGAAGGUUUAACCGUAUAUUCAGGGCUAGGCACCUUUACUAUUUUAGGAUAUAUUUACAUGUUUUCACAGGUACUUAUUACGCAUGUGAACUAUUACAAAGACCAACAAAUUAGGGAAAUACCAAAUAUAUUAGAAUGUUAG